UUACAAAACUAACCCAUGAACAAAACAACUGGAAACAGAAAGAUGAAAAACAUUUUCACUCUCCGCGGAUCCUCAAAACCUUGGAGUACAAGAAGAAAACCUCAACCCAGAUCACCCUUCUUAUUCAUCUCAAUCUUCCUUUUCUCAAUUAUCCUCUUCUUCAUUGCCUACACUCACAUCCCCAAAUCUCUUAUCUCGCUACCAUCCACUCCCAAUACUCGAAUUCGCGAAUUCACACCAUGCCGAUCCGCCAAAAUCCUAAACCCACGUCAAAGAUUCCUCUUUUAUGCGCCACACAGUGGCUUCAGCAAUCAACUUCAAGAAUUCAAGAAUGCCAUUCUAAUGGCGGGUAUUUUGAACCGGACCUUGAUUAUCCCUCCGGUUCUCGACCAUCAUGCUGUUGCACUUGGUAGCUGUCCUAAAUUUAGGGUAUCUAGUCCUACUGAGAUUAGAAUGUCAGUCUGGAAUCACACCAUCGAGCUUCUUCGAAGUGGAAGGUAUGUCUCCAUAGCUGACGUUGUUGAUAUUUCAUCUCUGGUGUUGUCUUCCUCAGUUCAAGUCAUAGACUUUAGAGUUUUUGCGUCUUUAUGGUGUGGGGUUGACAUUAAUUGGUUUUGCUUGAAUCAGUUGAAUGCGUACUCCUCUUUGUUCAAUAGCCUAAGGCAAUGUGGGUAUGUAUUAUCUGGGCUUACUGGUAAUGUGGAUAGGUGUUUAUAUGCCAUAAAUGAUGAUUGUAGAACCACAAUUUGGACAUACCAAAAUGGUUCUGAGGAUGGCAUAUUAGAUUUAUACCAACCUGAUGAACAACUCAAGAUGAAGAAGAAGAUUUCAUAUGUUAGGAGACGUCGAGAUGUAUUCAAGGCCCUUGGACCUGGUUCUGAAGCUGAAUUUGCCACUGUUCUCACAUUUGGAAGCCUUUUCACAGCUCCAUACAAAGGCUCUGAACUCUAUAUUGAUAUUAAUGGAGCUCCAAGCGAUCAUAGGAUACAGUCCUUAAUUAAAAAUAUUGAAUAUAUUCCUUUUGUCCCCGAAAUAUUAACUGCUGGAAAGAAGUAUGCAUUGGGGACCAUAAAGGUUCCAUUUCUCUGUGCACAACUCAGACUUUUAGACGGACAGUUCAAGAACCAUUGGAAUGCUACCUUUUUGGGUUUAAAGGAAAAAUUAGACUCUUUGAGGCAGAAAGGUCCUCAGCCUAUUCAUAUUUUUGUGAUGACUGAUCUUGCGGAAGGUAAUUGGACUGGAACUUACCUGGGGGAUCUGGCAAAAGAUAUGGACUCUUUUAAGCUGUAUUUUCUUAAGGAGGAAGAUGAGUUGGUUAAACAAACUGUAAAGAAACUUUCCACUGCAGGAAGUAGCUUGAUGUAUGGAUCUUUUUCAAGGAAGGUUCAUGAAGUGACCUCGCCAAAGAAGCAUUGCCCUCAGAGAUUUUCUGAUGUACUUUUAUUCAUAGAGGAAACUGUUUGCAGCUGUGCUUCACUUGGUUUUGUUGGGACUGCUGGGUCAACUAUUGCAGAGAGUGUACAGCUGAUGAGGAAAUUCGAUGCAUGUCCAAAGGAAAUUUGACCUUGUAAAAGAACCUUAACUCAAAAGGCAGUGGAUUCUAAAUAUCAUGGAUUUACUUCUUCAUGAGGUUAUUUAAAUUUCACAGAUUCAAUGGUUUAUUUAGCCUAAAUGGGUUCUUCCUUCACACUGUAUGAGAUACAUGUGCCUUCGAUUUGUCUCAUCUGGCUGCAAAAGCAUGAAGGCUAUACAGUGUUCUGCAAUCUUUUUUUUCUCGCUACUUCCAAUGUGAUGAGUAACUGGGUAACACCUCACAGCCAACACCACUUCAGACAAUAUCUCACUCCCAGAGUUAAUCACCAAACUGAAGCAACUGCAGAGCUCGUAAGUUCCAGCCAAGACAGAACAUGCAAAUUGUAAAUAGAGCAAAAAAACAUGUAUUGUAUUGAUUGAUUUAUCAACUUGAUUACAACAUUCUUCUAUCAAUAUAAUGACUAUUUCCCAGCUGUUACAA